CCCAUCAACCCAUGUAAGAAAAAAAACACCUGCAUCUAGAACAGAUCCAUUUCAUUGCAUUAACUCGUAAGCAGCUUCUCUCAGUAGAAAAAAAAAUCCCAGAAAAAAUGAGGUCAAGCAACCAUUUGAUAGGGUUACUGAAUUUCAUGACAUUUUUGCUGUCGGUAGUUAUAUUGGGCGGCGGAAUAUGGCUGAGCAGCCGAGCCAACAACACCGAUUGUCUCAAGUUCCUACAGUGGCCGUUGAUAGUGAUAGGAGCCUCCAUCAUGGUGGUUUCCUUGGCGGGUUUCGCCGGCGCGUGUUACAGGAACACCUUCUUGAUGUGGUUCUACCUCUUCGUGAUGUUCUUCGUCAUUGCGGCGCUCAUCGGGUUCAUAAUUUUUGCUUACGCAGUCACUGACAAAGGGUCGGGGCGGCCGGUGAUGAACAAAGGAUACUUGGAGUAUUACCUGCCGGAUUACUCGGGUUGGCUCAAAGACCGAGUGGUGGACGAGGGGUAUUGGGCUAAGAUUAGCUCAUGCAUAAGGGAUUCCAAAACUUGUAGCAAGAUGGGAAGAUCCUUUAACGGCGUCCCUGAAACUUAUGAUAUGUUUUCCAUUAGGAAGCUUUCUCCUAUUGAGUCCGGUUGCUGCAAGCCACCUACCGACUGUGGCUAUGUCUAUGUCAACGAGACGCUGUGGAACCCAGGCGGUGGGCUGGUUGGGUCGGACCUUGACUGCUCACGGUGGAGCAACGACCAACAGAUGUUGUGCUACCAAUGUGACUCGUGCAAAGCUGGGGUGCUCGGCAGCCUCAGGAAAAGCUGGAGGAAAGUCUCGGUAAUCAACAUCGUCGUGCUUAUCCUCCUUGUCAUCUUUUAUGUCGUUGGCUGCGCUGCUUUCCGAAACAACAAGAAGAUAGAUAACGAUGAACCGUACGGCCAUGCGAGUAUGACAAAGGCACAACCAAGUCGGAUCCACCUUUAGAAAACAUGGUUACAGUUAAAAGACAUGUAAUGGAAGCUUUACCUCUGUUGAGGAUAUCUGUACUGUUUUUAGGGUUUUUGCAUACCUUUUGUGAAUGGAACAAUUGCAACUUAAAUUUGGUUUUAAUUUUUUCUUA